AUGGGGAAGAAAUGGUUGCCGCUGGAAAGCAACCCAGAGGUCUUGAAUAAUUACCUCAAGGGUCUUGGAAUAAAAGAACCCAAAGUGGCGUUUUACGACGUUUUCGGUCUUGAUCCUGAUCUUCUUGCUUUCGUGCCACGUCCGGUCUUUGCUAUGAUGCUUUUGUUCCCUGUUACAGAUAAGAUAGAAGAAGCUGAGAAAGAAGCUCUUCUUCGUCAGAAAGAUGAAGUAAAGGAAUUUAUGGAAAAGAACAAGUUUUUUUUUUCCAGACAGACCAUUGCGAAUGCUUGUGGUACAAUGGCUGUUAUUCAUGCUUUAAUGAACAACAUUGAUCGUGUUGGUGAUUUACAAGAGGGUAGUCCACUUUAUGAUUUGCGGAAAGUUGGGAUGGAUAUGCUUCCAGAAGAGCGAGCUAAGUUUAUUGAGAAUUAUCCUACACUAGAUGAAGAACACCGAAAAGCUUGUGAAGAAGGAGUGCCAGAAAAUCAAUCGAUUGAUGCAGAUACUGACCUUCAUUUUACUUGCUUUGUAAAGAUAAAUAAUCGUUGCGUGGAACUCGAUGGACGUAACCCUGUUCCGCUUCUUCACGAUGUCUGUUCAGACGAUGAAUCAUUUUUAAUUGCUGCUGCGCAAGCGAUGAAAGAUAGAAUAAAUCUUGAACCAUCUUCGGUUCGGUACAAUAUUAUUGCUCUUGCAAAUAAGGGAGAUUAA